ACUGUACAUUCAGUUGAAUAAUGAAAAUUUUCGGUUAUGUUGACUUUUCAUCGAAUAGGUUUUUCUCAAUUUAUACAGAAAAAAUCAAAUUCGUAGAACUGCAUCAGCGAACAUCUAAUUGGGCGAGCAGGAUCAUCCAGUGAUUGUAUUCUACUGACCGUGCCAUACAUGAAGCUUGAAUACGCGCACGUAAAUACAGUUCCAUCUGUGAGCUGCUGGAGAAGAGACACCGACUGAACUGCUGCGUUAUGUGAUGACGAACGCUCGCGUGAUCAAGAUAAUUUGAUAAACUUUGUUUUAGUGAGUCAUGAUUAUCGGAAAAUAACAGAUCUAAUUAUCGUUUGGAAUGCUAUCAUUGUGAUUUUCGUUGUUGAAUAGAUUAACCUGUCGGCUGUCAUUGAACAUUUCCAACUUAUUUUUAUGAGAUUUCUAUAUUUUUUGGAUCAUUAAAAAUAAAACGAACGUAGGGUUCUCAACUUCUCAUUACCUGUUAAUACCUAAGUGUUAUACCUACCUAGAACGAUUUAUAACUAUCAGCUAUGUCAGGAUUUGACGACAACCCUUUUGCUGAUCCUUUUGCGGAUCCCUCCAUCCAACAAGCUGUGAACCCUCCUCCCUCCGCCGGCCUAGACAACUAUGACCCCUUCAGCGACACCUCCACCCGCACGCAGAGUUACAAUCAGCCAGCUACUCUGCCUGCCACCAACACGACAGCUGUGGUGCCACCUCAGCAGCCGCCACCAUACACGCCAUCUGCUCAGCAGCAGCAGCAGUCAACAGCUGCUGAGUUCCAGGAGUUGAAGAGGCGGCAGGAGGAGCUGGAGAAGAAGGCUCAGGAGCUGGCCAGGCGGGAGGAAGAGCUGCGUAAUGCAACACAUCUUAAUGGUCCCCGGGCCAACAACUGGCCGCCGCUGCCUUCCCACUUCCCAGUCUCCGCGUGUUUCUACCAGGACAUCAACAUAGAGAUACCGCUAGAGUUCCAGCGUAUAGUGCGUCUGCUCUACCACCUCUGGAUGUUUCACGCCCUGAUGCUGCUGCUCAACAUGCUGGGCGGGCUGGCCAUCCUCUUCAGUAACGGCGAGGCGGUCACCUUCGGUCUCGGGCUCCUCUACCUGCUGCUCUUCACGCCGGUCUCCUACGUCUGCUGGUUCAGGACGGUCUACAAGGCCUUCAGGGACGACUCAUCGUUCAACUUCAUGGUGUUCUUCUUCAUCUUCUUCUUCCAAACCGUGGUGGCGGUGGUGACGGCCGUGGGCAUCCCCAGCAUGGGCUCCUGCGGGUGGGUAUCGGUGGGGCGGGCGUUCGGGUCCCACCAGAUCGCCCUCGGGAUCUUCCUGACGCUGGUCGCCCUGGGGUGCUCUGCUGACGCUGGGGGCAUGGCAGUCCUCCUCCUUUGGGUGCACCGCAUCUACCGCAGCACGGGCGCUAUAAAUACACUGUAAACGCCCUGUAAACGCCCUGUAACUGCCCAGUAACUGCCCAGUAACCCCACAACACGCCCCCAGGUGCACCGCAUCUACCGCAGCACGGGCGCU